CCCUAACUUUUAGUGCAUCUAAUCAGCUGCCAGAGUACAAACUCCUACGCAGUUUAUAACUAUAAAUUAUACCAAUAGUCUUGCAACAAAACUAUGGCGGAAGACAAUUGCAUUUUCUGCAACAUUUCCAGCGGCCAAGAGCCCACCAGUGUUUUGGAAGUGGAAACUGAUGAAUUUGUCAUUUUUAAGGACAUCAAACCCGCCUCCCAGCACCAUUAUUUAGCGGUUACCAAAAAACAUUACAACAGCCUCAAGGUUCUGGACAAGUCCCACGAUCCCUUGGUCACACGAAUGGAGAGCGGUUUGAAGGAGUUCCUAACGAGCAAAGGGAUUUCUGUCCAGGAUGCGUUGUUCGGCUUCCAUUUGCCACCGUUUAUCACGGUCAACCACCUCCAUAUGCAUGCCAUUGCCCCACGAUCCGAAAUGGGCUUCCUAUCCAGAUUAAUCUUUAGACCCUCUGCUUGGUUCAAAACCGCCGACGACGCGCGACUAUACCUUUCCCAAAAGGAAAGCUUGCAGUGAAAUCGGAUUAAAUUAGAUAAUAAAUAGACAAAUUUUGAAGAGUGGUCAAAACAAAUAAAUGCAGCCAAAAAACA